UGUAGUGAAUGAUAAAAAAUAAUUAUCAGUAUGAUAUUUUUUUUUUUUUGAGACAACAAUCAUUUGGUAAAAAGAUAACGGAAGUUCAAGCACAACUCUCUCACAUGGUCUCAUUUAAAUGGAGUAAGUGGUGAACACAAGAGGGCUUUUACUAUCCCAGUCAAUUGCAAUCACUAGUGUCAUACAGACGGAUGUAAACGUUCCAUUAGUUUUACUUUAGUAACAACAAUGACACGGAAAUGACAAAUACGAUUAAAUAAAUUUUUUGAGACAACUAAAAUUAUCAUCAUUAUCAUCAUCAUCAUCAUCACCAUAUUAUUAUUUGUACUUGAAAUAUUUUAUCACGAGUGUUUUAUAUUUUUAUUAUAAAAAGUUAUAAAUAGAGAUUAGAUAUUUUUUUUGUUUUAUAUUAAAUAUAGUGCAGUAUAAAAAUAUAUUAAAAAUUAAAAAACAUUUUUUUAAUAUGGCAAAACAAGAUAAUGAUGAAGAAAAAGCUUCAUCAUCAUCAACAACAACACCACCAGAUCAUUUGUUAAAAGCACUUGAUGAACUUAGUGAAGGAUCAAAAUUUUUAUGGAUUGUUUUUUGUUUAACUUUUACUUCACUUAUGUUUAGUGGAAUGCAAUCAAUGUCUUAUGUUUUUACAACUGAGAUACCACCACACUGGUGUGAAAUACCAGAUUUAAUAACAGCAAACUGGACACAAGAACAAAUUAAAAAUAUAUCAUCAAAAGAUAAAUGCAACAAGUACGACUAUGACUAUGAAUAUCUAAGUCAGUUGGGCUAUGAGGCAGCACUAAACUAUGUUAAACGUCUUGGCAAACGUCCAAAUUCAUCUAGCUGUGAUUCAUUUAGCUAUGGUAACACUGAUAGAUCUUCAAUUGUUGCUGAAUGGAAUUUAGUUUGUGAUAGAGCAACUGAUAGAGCAAAUACUUAUAUGGCAUUAGCAUUGGGUAAAUUAUUGGGUGCAGCAGUAUUUGGUGUUAUUGCUGAUAAAUAUGGAAGAAAACCAACACUUGUUAUUGGAAUAAUAAUGCAAAUAAUAUCAGGACCAUUGAGUGCAAUUGUACCUUGGUUUUGGGGAUAUAUGUUUUUACGUAUGGUAACUGGAAUAAGUUUAUCUGCUGUUGGAUAUCCAGCAUUAACAAUGUUAACUGAAGCAAGUGGAAGUCGUAAUAGACAAUGGCUUGGAAUAGCAUUUAAUAUUGGUUUUCCAGUUGGUAUAAUAAUGCUAUGUGGUGUUGCAAUGUUUUUUUAUAGUUGGAGACAAUUACAAAUGGCAAUAUCAAUUGUAACAUUAAUAUUAUUAUUUCAUGCAUGGUAUAUGCCUGAAUCACCAAGAUGGUUAAUAUCACAAAAUCGUCGUAAAGAAGCAGAAAAAAUUGUUACUAAAUUUUAUGGUGAACUUGAAGAAACAACAGCAAUACCAAUGAUUGAAUCAAAUGAUGAUAAUAAUAAAAAAGAUUUAAUAAAUGGUGAUGGGCCAAUCAAAGAUACAUUUGUUAAAAAUAAAUUAAUGGGUUUUACAAUUAUUUAUACAAAUCCCGAAUUAAGAAGUCGAUUAUUUAUCAUGUGGAUAUCUUGGUUAUCAUCGUCAAUAUCAUAUUGGGCUUUAGCUUUGAAUGCUGAUAAUUUUACACAAGAUCGUCGUAUUUAUGUUUUGAUAAUGGCGCUAACGGAAAUACCAGCUUAUAUACUUCCCUCGAUAAUGUUGAUGUUUAUGGGAAGAAGACAAGCUGGUGCAUUGUUAUAUUUAAUUGGAGCAAUAUGUUUAUUAUGUAUAUUGGGAAUUCCAAAAACAAAUAAUAAUGCAAUAAUGGCUGUUGCUGUUAUUGGACGUUUUUGUUUAGCAGCUGUUUAUGGAAUUAUUAUAUUAUAUACAUCAGAAUUAUUUCCAACAGUUGUUAGAAAUUCAGCAAUUGGUACAACAUCAGUUAUGGCACAAGUUGGUACUGUAUCAGCACCUUAUAUUGCUGAUCUUUUAGGGGCAAUUGCAUGGUGGGCACCAAGUACUAUUUGUGGUGCAUUAGCACUUGUUGCAGGAUUAUCAUCAUUAGCAUUACCUGAAACACGGGGACGACCUUUGGCUGAUACAGUUGAAGAAGAAACUGCUCCAGAUAGGGAAGGAGUAUCAUUUCGAAAAUGCUGCUAGUAUUAUUGACAGUGACGUUUUUUUUUUUUUUUUACGUUUUGUUUUUUUUUUUUUUUAUCGAUAUUAUUAAAUAAAUAUUAAUAGUUCAAAACUUUUUAUAAUUAAAUGAAGAUGCAGAAUAAAAAAAAAAAAUGUAAAUUUCAACGACAAAUUAAAUAAUACAAAAUAAUAUUAAUAUAAUUUGUGUUGUUUGGCUACUUAAUUUAAAAAAAUAAAAAAUAGAGCUGAAAAAAAAAUACAU